AUGGGCAACUGGCUGGUCAACCACUGGUUCUCAGCUGCCGUCCUGGUGACCUGGCUGGGCAUCAACAUCUUCCUCUUCACCUACUAUUUUCUGCUCUUCGACUGGGAUGAGCGAUACUUCUACACCAGGGCCAUCCUCGGGUCUGCCUUAGCGUGGGCACGAGCAUCAGCCAAGUGCCUCAACUUCAACAGCAUGCUGAUCCUGCUGCCCGUCUGCCGCAACCUCCUCUCCUUCCUCCGUGGGACCUGCUCGUGCUGCAGGCGGACGCUGCGGAAGCAGCUGGACCACAACCUCACCUUCCACAAGCUGGUGGCCUACGCGCUGGUCCUGUUCACAGCUGUGCACACCAUCGCUCAUCUCUUCAACCUGGAGCGCUACAACCAGAGCCAGCAAGCCACCGACCGCAGCCUUCCCGCCAUCCUCUCCAAAAUGCACCUGCAGGGCAGCAAGUGGCUGAACCCCAUCCACUCCAACCAGACAACCGUUGAGUAUGUGGCCUUCACCACCAUCCCGGGGCUGACGGGGGUCAUCAUCACGCUGGCACUCAUCCUCAUGGUCACCUCCUCCACCGAGUUCAUCCGCAGGAACUACUUCGAGGUCUUCUGGUACACACACCACCUCUUCAUCAUCUACUUCGCUGGCCUCUUCAUCCACGGCAUCGCCGGGCUGGUGCGCGGGCAGACGGAGCAGAGCCUGGAGGAGGUGCACCCCUAUCGCUGUGCUCUCAACCUCACCGACAGAGCUGAGAACUGCAGCUACGACUGCUGCAAAGACCCCGAGUUCGGGAGCAUCCCUGCCGAGUCCUGGAAGUGGGUUCUGGCCCCUGUCCUCCUCUACAUCUUUGAGCGGAUCCUCCGGGUCUGGCGUGCGUGGCAGAAGGUGGUUGUCAAAAAGGUGGUCAUGCACCCUGCCCGAGUGCUGGAGCUGCAGAUGCAGAAGAAGGGCUUCCACAUGGAGGUGGGGCAGUACAUCUUCGUCAACUGCCCUGCUAUUUCCCUGCUGGAGUGGCACCCCUUCACCCUCACCUCAGCGCCCGAGGAGGACUUCUUCUCCAUCCACAUCCGGGCAGCUGGAGACUGGACAGAGCGUCUCAUUGAUGCUUUCCAGCAGCAGAAGCCAGAGAUGCCCAGGAUUGAAGUGGAUGGCCCCUUUGGCACAGCCAGUGAAGACGUGUUCCAGUACGAGGUGGCUAUGCUGGUGGGAGCAGGCAUUGGUGUUACUCCCUUCGCUUCCAUCCUGAAGUCCAUCUGGUACAAAUUCCAGCAGGCUGACCAGGCCCUCAAGACCAAGAAGAUCUACUUCUACUGGCUCUGCCGGGACACUGGAGCCUUUGCCUGGUUCAAUGACUUGCUUGCCUCCCUGGAGCAGAAGAUGGCUGAGUCGGGCAAGGCAGACUUUCUCACCUACCGGCUCUUCCUCACCGGCUGGGACACCAGCAUUGCCAACAACGUGGCACUCCGCUUCGACACCCCUAUGGACACGGUGACAGGCCUCAGGCACAAAACCAUCUUUGGGAGGCCCAUGUGGAACAGCGAGUUCUCAGCAGUGGCUGCAGCCCACCCCAGGUCAGUGGUUGGUGUGUUCCUCUGUGGGCCAGCAGCCUUGGCAAAGAGCCUGCAGAAGUCUUGCCACCAACACUCCAGCCUGGACCCGAGGAAGGUCAAAUUCUACUUCAACAAGGAGAACUUCUAA